AUACAAUCUUGGGAGUGGAUGCAAAUGAUAUGAAUUGUGAAUUGAAUCCACAAACAAGAAGAAAUCGAAAAAGCAGAAUACCAUUUUGCUGUCUUGGUUAAGUAGGAUGUGGGAAAAAUCCCAUCAUCUGGCAAUACUGCCGAUAGCCAAUCACAUUCCGAAUAAAGAAACAAUCUUACAAUCGCAAUUCGAAAAAAUGUAAUGUAACAUGGACAAUUUUUUUGGAAGAGGAGGAAAGGAUUCAAUUAGUAAUUUCAACAGGAUAUUUAUCUAUUAAUACUUCAGUAACUAAUAUCGGAGAAAAUGAUUCAAAAGGAUCCUGGCUUUUACAAAAUAAUAGAAAUGCUUAUCAACCGGAAAAGAACGUCAGGAUCGUACAGUUCAGUUAAAAAGUAAACUUGAUUUACUCAGCAUAGACGUAAAGAAUCCUGGAACAGCUGUACUUCUUUUACAAUGCCAAGAAAAUUCUGUGCUAAUUGCUGCAGUUGCAGCAUUAUCAAAAUUUGCAUCAAAAGCUCAGGAAAAUUUAGAAAUUUUAUUCGAAUGUGGGAUACUAGAAAAGAUUGUACCUUUAAUGAAUCAUGAGGACACAUUUACACGACGAUUUGCAAGUAAAUUAUUGGCAGAAAUGGCUGCCAUUCCAUUGGUAAGAAAUGUUUUACUUGAAUGCGAAGAUUAUGUACCACACUUUACAAAAGUUUUGCAAAAUGAUACUGACGUUUUUGCACAAGAAUUUUCAUCCUUGAUACUAGCUCACCUUUCGAAGGAUAUGUAUGGGGUAGCACAAAUACUAAAUCAGUGUCCUCGAAUGGAUUUUCUUUUUGAAAGGAUCCAGUCAUCUGAUCCUGAUGUUAAAAAGAACAGUAUUGAAAUCAUAUACAACUUACUUGAAGAUCCUGUAGGAUUUGCAAAUAUUCUUGGAACAAAGACUUUUAGUUUUCCUUUGAUAUAUAAACUUCUUGCGGAACCAUAUCCAGUUAUUCAAAAAAUUGCUUUGGAUGUUCUCGAAAAUCUAGUUUCAAGGAAUAAAGAUGAUCAGCUUCAAGAAAAUUUUCAAAGUACAGGAGGUUUGCAAGCAUUGCUGAACAUACUUGACAAUGACGAAUGGAUUGAUGUGCAUAGUAAAACAUUGAAUGUCCUUGCACUCGCAAGUGAUAAUAUAAAAACGGUGGAGCUUUUAAAUAACAUUGGUGGAAUUUUGAGAUUGUUUAAAUACAUGGAGAAUGCUAUGAAUUCUAAACUCCGUCAUGAAGCUUUUAGUAUUAUUGUUCGUCUUGCAAAUUCUUCUACUGGCAGGAAGGCUCUAUAUAAUUAUGGGAUUAUCGACUAUUUGCUUGAAACUGUAGCUGAAGCUGUGACAUUUGAUUUUUAUGAAGUUUCUUGCUAUGGCAUUGCGAAAAUGACUUUGGAUAAAUCAGCUGCUCAGGAAUUAGCUUUAAAAAAUCCUAUAAAAAAAUUAUUAGAUAUUUUGAAAAAUGAAAAUCUAAAAUGGUUCAUAAGGCAAGCAGCAAGUUUUGCAUUAAAAGAAUUACUUAAAGCUGAUCGAAAGAACUGUAAAAACUUUCUUGAUGUAAAAGGCCAGACUCUCUUAUUGUGGCUACUCAAACAACCAAUAGGAAAAAUAUCUGCAGAGACUCAAAUAAUAGCGAUUGAAGCUUUAUCCACUGUAGUAGAGUAUGCUGAAUUUAAUAGUACUUUAUUAAAUGCUGAUCUUGUUGACGCGAUGUGUUCCUCUUUUGAAUCAAAAUAUCAUCAGAGUGAUGAACUUCCAAUAAGUUCCUGUCAAGCCAUUGGGAAAAUUUGUAUCGAUAAACAUGGAAGAGAUUUAUUUAUUCGCGUUAAUGGACCAGUCAGACUCUAUAAUUUACUUAAAUCUUCGGAAUCUCUACCCGUCAAAAACGCUGCAGUUCAGCUUAUACAGGAAUUAUCUGCGGAUUCGUCUCUCGCUGCUUUACUCAUAAAAGCUGGAUGUUUUACAUAUAUGACGAAUGAACAAACAGAUUUUAAUAUCAUAUCCUCUUGGAAAACUUGCAAGGAAACUCUUCUAGCUGCAUAUUUACCAGCCAAAUUUGCAUUUACGGGACGAUUAUCUCUGCACGACGUAACGCAAGAUGGUUUUUAUGUUAUGCGUCGCACAUUUUGUCCGUUUCCUAUAUUAGACGACCUAUUUCGUCUAAAGAUAUGUCCGUUGGAUCCUAUUUAUGUAAUAAAUUUUUCUCAGCCACCUUCUGACUAUCAAGAUACAUUAAACUUACAAUAUGAAAAGGAAAAAAGUCAAAUUCUUGGAACCAGAAGAACGUCUACGAGAACAAGUAUUUCUAGAAAAAGUUUUGCGAGUAUAGAAGUUAUUAAUAGUGCUAUGGAAUGGAAAUUCGGAAAAUUGCAACCAGACCCGUAUCUCUACGAAUACUUGGAAUUAUUCAAAUGCAAGCUCAUAGCGAAUGAGAUAGCAGAAACGUCAUCAACUACAUUGCCAGGACUUGCAAAUAUGAGUUUUAUCGAAUCUAGAGCAAGAUUAUUAGGUAAAUUCGUAGCUCGACAAAUGUCUGGUCCUGAUCCUGAUUGUCAAUGCCGUAAUCAUCAAUUCGACAUACAUAUCAGUGAAAUUAAACUGGACAUCGAGACCAGCGUAAUUCCACUUGGACAAGUGCGUGUUGGUUCCUUUCUUGAAAGAGCUUUGCUAUUUAAAGUAAUGGCAGAUAAAAUCUGUUUACCCACCGCUCUGGUACGCGGACAGUAUGGCAAGGCUUGGGUUGAAAUUGCAAUCCCAAAGAUUGAAUUGUUAAAUAAGCAGUAUCUAAAAACGCCAAGCAGUGUGAAUGCUCUAAUGAGUGACAGUGAAAAUAAACGCACCAAUACAAGUAAACAAUUGAUGUCUUUGAGUAUAAAUUCAGAAAGAAAUUUGCCGUAUGAUAAUCGAAAUUUAGUAACAAAUAGAAAUCGUAAUAGCGUAUUUAAUGGCCAUAAACAGCCUAUAUUCCCUACAAAAUUACUUCGACCAAAUUUUAUUGUUGAUCUCAUUUAUAAUCCUGGAGAUCUUCUACCUAUUGGGAGUUUGCAAGCUAAAAAGUAUUGUGAUGAGAUUAUUGCAUGAUUUUCCUUUUUAUGCAUGUAUUUUUGAUAUUGAAAAUAGUUUUUUUUUGGAGAUAAUGUAUACACUGAGUUUUGAAAU